GGUGGAGAUCAUCGAAAAUACAGCCUGACCACGUGACACUUAUUCUGAUAUAUAGGAUAUCUGUUUAUCUGGGUCACACAUAACUCGGCAACACAGUGGAUCGCUUGUACAAGUCGUGCACCAGGAGUUUUGGAAGAUGGAAAUGCAUCGGAAUACACUGUAUUACCUUUUUAUAGUAGCUACGUUUUAUAAAUGCACUGCAGAUGCACAACCUCCGAAUUACAGCAAGCUCACUUGUGACGGAAACGGACACAUCACAUUAACAGUCAAUGACGCAAUACAAUCAGUUGUUUCAAAUUGCACUAGUGGAUCGCAUUCCUUUAAUGUAUUACAAAAAAAAAAACUGUAACCGUCGACAACUGCCCAUUGAACCAUCACGUGAAGAUUUUGAUGUUAGAAGAUGUGGAUGAGCAUGUGGAUAAAUUAAUAUUCUCUGGAAGUGUUGUUGAAGCUAUUGAUGUCAUUUGCGAUGGCACUGGUAUCAAAGUGAAUACAUCGAACAUUAAUGCUCCUGUAACUUUUAAAACGGUUACGGUUCCUUAUCAUGAACUAUUGACAAUGAUCCUUUUUGAUAACAACGCCAACAACGGUCAAAAAUCGGCGGAUACAAUAACGGUUGGGGGCAAUUACACAUUACAAAUCAAAGCAAAGGACAACGUGGAUAUCCAUGUACAGUCGUGCACUGCCUCUCCCGUCGAUAAAAAGAGUGAGAUGGUGCAGCUGUAUUUUAAUGGGAAACCCGACAGUACUAACGAUGUUUUGACAACAUUUGAUGAAACCGAGGUGCAGACUGCAUCAGCUACUAUGACUGGUUUCAGAUUUAUCGGUAAAGACAGUGUACUCAUCACCUGUACUGUUGAUGUUACAACUCCGGAAACAACAAUUGUACCUUCCACUACUCCGUCGCAACACCGCAGACGACGAAAUGCAUUUCAACUGAAACACAAGAAAUCCCUUGUGGUAUCGACUUCAUUACGCGUCGAGAGUUUAUCAACAAAUGGGGUACAGGGAAUGGUCGCUAAAGAAGGCCGAUUCAUCUUGUUGGCGAGCAUUUUGCUCGUGAAGUAUAGUUUGCACUGGUUUUAACAUGAAGGCUUAAUAUCGUAAUGUCGACCUUCUGAAAUACAAGCAGUCUCGAUCGUCAUUUAAAAGCACCAGUUUGUUAUAGUUUUAAACAAUUUAUUUAUUCGUUAAGACUUUCUGCAGUUGCCAAUACGAAAAAAAACCCAUUUACAUGUUAUUCUUACCAACCAAUAAAUGCUUGAAAUAUUGUUGACAUUCGAAACAAAAUUAAUAAAUAUCAAUAACUGCCUAAGCUGCAGUCACAGUUGAAACAAAAAUAACAUUUUUUAAGUAAUUCGCACUAACUUGAUCCCAAAUUAUAAAAGACACGGCACAGGUGUUGUGGUAUGCAUGUACAUUUGUUUGUAUUUCUAAAUCAAAUUGACAUAAAUUAUUAACAUUUUUAAUAAAAUGCUGGAUUUGUUUUAAUCCAAAGAUGUCAAUGAGCACACAAUUUCUUUAUUAAAGAGAUGUAAACUUAACAAGACGAUUGUUUCUGUAAGUAUUGAUUUAUUUGUAAUGUUUAACGUGAUUAUGUAAUCAACAAAUCGUUUUACAAGG